GCUGAGGAUGAUGGGAGUUGUAGUUCAAAACCAGCCUCGGGGCGGCAAGCCAUGGACUAGCAUCUCUGUCUUGAGAGUCUUCUUCUCCCCCACGAGGGCGUGUGACUUUGCACGGAUUAGUGGCAUCGCGCAGUCGCCGCUUAGUCGCCGGGAGUGCUUGAGACUGCGACGCAGCCGGUUCCCUGCUCGCCCAAAGGACUGAAGGGCGGGAGUCGGACUCCGCUUCCUUCUGUCGUCUGCUUUAGGCGGUGUGUGGUUGGUCUCUUUCUUUUGCUGGGGUUGUUGAGUCACUGAAAGAUUUGGCGGCACCAAACAGGUUUACGGGUUAUGCAGAAGGACGAGGCAGACCAGGCAGCAGCGUUGGGAGAAUUCUGGAUUGUAUUCUUCACACGACAGGAAUUUUAAAGAAAAAUGUCAUGCCAUCUCCAUGCAGAAAGCAAUCCAGACAUGGGACCUGUAUAUGUUCGUGAAAACGGGCAGCUAUACAGGGUAAACCAAAUUCCUGGUGUUAAAACCAUCCAUGCUCCAAAGCCAAGGCCUUCAAGACUGUUCUCCAAAGGAUUCUCUGUUGAGCUUUGUAUGAACAGGGAAAAUGACAAUGGACGGCCAGACCACUUCAUCUUCACUUACACAAAGGAGGGAAAUCUACGCUAUUCUGCUAAAUCUCUCUUCAGCCUAGUUCUGAGUUACAUUGCUGACAAUAUUCAUCACGUUGAAUCAUUGAUUGACUUUCCUGAGCAGAUUGCAGAAAAGCUUUUCUAUGCUGCAGAAGCAAGACAGAAGUUUACAGAACCAAGAACGGGACUUGGAGCUUUGCAAAAAUUUAUUGAUGCUUAUGGAAGUUCAGUGCUUCAGACACUAUGUUUGAAAAAUAAAUAUAUAGUUAUUUCUGAAAAACUUGAAGAAAUUAAGUCUUUCCGGGAUCUGACGUGCUUGGAUUUGUCCUGUUGUAAACUUGGAGAUGAGCAUGAACUGAUAGAACAUCUCACCAGUGAGGCCCUGACUAGUCUGACUCAGCUCAUUCUGAAAGAUAACUGCUUAUCUGAUGCUGGUCUUCGAAAAAUGACAGCACCUGUUCGAGUGAUGAAAAGGGGCCUUGAACAUCUUUCCAUGUUAGAUUUGUCUAGUAAUCCAAAAAUCACCAAUAUGGGAGUUGUAUACCUUCUUUGCUUCAAAAAGCUGAAGUAUUUGGAUCUUUCUGGGACUGGCCUCAAGGACAUGAAAGCAGCUGUUCAUCGGAUCCAGACACAAAUAGGACUAGUUCACUCAGAAGUGCCUUUGAAAGAAUUUGAUCAUAGCAGUUGUAAAACAGAGGGAUGGGCAGAACAGACAGUUUUGCAAUGGGAGCAUGCCAUCCUAGAAGCAAUUAAGCCAGAAGGAAGCCUGAAAUCUAGAGCAGCAGCUCAACGUUUCUAUGGAAAAAGAGUCAGGACAGAAGAACCUUUCAAGCCCCCUCUAGGAGGGAGGAACAGAGCGACUCAGAACUUGCAGUUCUACAAGGAAAGAGUAAAAGUGUCUCAUUUCUCCUCAUUAAAAGGGAAAAUUGAAAUGAGUGAAGAAUUUCAGGAUAAAAGGGGAACUUCAUUUGAGCACAAAGAAGAGAGCUUCACAUCACAGCAUUUUAGUCUCUCAGGAGAAGACUGGGACUUAAUUAAUUCCUAUUGAUUCAGAUGGUAAAGUUACGAUGAGUUGCAUAUAGUUAAACACUUAAACAAUUAUUAAAAUUUGUUAUAGAAA